UUAAAAUUUCAACGUCGCGAAUGAGCGAAAAAGAAGAGACGCGCACAAUUUCGAAUGACAAAGGAUUCGUGAAAAGUGCUAAAUAAUCGUUGGUAAAGUGAAUUUAAAUAGAAAAUAGACGACUCAAUAGUGUAUUAGUGAAAGUGCAAGUGUGUUUAUUAUUAUUUGUAAGAAGUGCGCGCUCAAUUAGCAUUUUCACAAGUAUUUGCAAGAACAGUCGAGAGCCACAACAACAACAAUGGAUCCCUUCACUCAGCGCAUGCUCGAGAAGGCCGAACAGCGCAGUCGCGCCCUGGGCAUCAGCAAUGCCAGCAAAUUUCCGCUGUCGGAAUGCAGCUUGACGACGCCGACGCCAGCUUCGACGGUAGUAGCAAAGCCAGCGUCAUCAGCGACGGCGACAGCGCCAAUGUCUGUUAACAGCGGUAGCAGCAAUAACAGCGGCAACAACAAAAUUGUUAUCCUAGAGAAGGCAACACUGGAGGCAUCGCCAUCGAAGCCCCUUCGUCAUUAUGCUGCUGUCAACAAGGAGAAUAUGGAAAUGGGAAUUGAGAUAAACAUAACCACGGCGCAGCCAAUUGGGGUACAAGUUGAGAUACAAGAGCAGGACAUGACCGAUGAGGAUGACGACCAGGACGACGAUGUGGAAGCACAGGAGAAGCAAGCCCUCACCUCCAACAGUGAGACUCAGUCGGUUCCAGUGAAUCAACCGCUGGCGCGUCUUCGAGACACUUCACGCAAUCGUCUGCAACGCAUGGGCGCUUUGUACUCCAACACGGACGAUUUGAGCUCACCCAUUCAUCGCACUGAGGCGCAGUUCCAUGCUGGCGACGAUGAUGAGGAGCUAACAGCGCGCAGUCCACGUAAAGGCAAACAACGUUUUGGCAAACUGGCGGCGCUGGCAAACACUAUCAAUCAAUGGGAGGAUGAUACGGCGCAUCAUGAUGUGCAGCGUCCGCUGCUGGAUGCAGUGCCACCGCCCAAACCCGACUUGCCUAGUCGACCGGUGGCAGAGCCCAAGAAAACGACAGCGGAUGCAGUUGAUGCCAGUAACGCCACCAAAACGAAGCAAUUGAAAUGGGAUCCAAAGGUAUUGAGCUCAUUGGAGGCACAAGGUUUUCAGCGUCGAGAGUCGUCAACGAUUAAACAUACCUAUGAUUAUGCCAAGCAGGAAGAAGUUACUUCAGCACCAGCAGCAACCACAGCGCCCAAGCCGCCAGUGCCAGAGAAAUCCACGACAGUCAGCCAAGUGGCCAAGGUGUUUGGCAACGCAGCCAAAGUGGCGCCUCCCGUCAACAAGCCAGCUCCAGCGCCCGUUGCCAACGUCAAGUCCGGCUUGGUUUCAGGACGUGCUGCCAUAUUCGAGAACAAGGCCGGUGGCAGCCAGUCGCAGGCAGCGCAACGCAAUCAAAAGGAUCCCUGCGAGCUGUCGCUGAAGGAGCGCAUGAAACUGUUUGAGACCAGCAAUGCCAAGGCCAUGUUGCCCAAGGCGCCCAUUGGCCAAGCGCCCAGUAUAAGUCAGAUACGUGCAGCAGUCGAGGAGCCCAAGGUACAUGUUGCCGCAGUGCAUCCAGUUACCGCUGCAGCGCAAAUCAAUGUCAGUCAGCCUGCAGCGAAGCCACAGCCCAAGCCAGAGAGCAAACUACGUGACAAAGUGGCCGCCUUGGUGGCCUCGGCGCAAUCCAGCGCUGAGAAUCGCAUCAAGGACAUUGACAGGCAACGACAAGAGGAUAUGCAAAUCAUAGCGAAUCGCUUCAAUAAGCAGAAAGAGAUCUUCAAUGUUGAGCCAAUAGUUGUGGCACCAACUGCACCGCCUGCUCCAGCUCCAGCUGCAGCUGCCGCAGCUAGUCGUGUGGUGCGUCCCAUGCCACCGCCGCCACCACCGCCCAUGGCCAGCGCCGCCAGCAGCAAGCGGCGAUCACCUGGCGAUGUCAUUGACGAGGAGUCAAAGCGUGCACGCAAAUCGCACACGGAUCGCCUUUAUCCCGCCUUAUCCGAUCUGGACUCCAGCGACGACAAUUGCUGUGCGACGGCAACAGCGUCUGUUAACGAUGACACCGAGGAGGAGCUCGAAAGUUGCAUGGAUGAUGAGUCGGUUGAGGACGCGGAUCAGUCGCAGACUGAGGACAGCAGCGCAGGCAUGUGCAACGGCAGCCUUGGCCGAGCCAUACUGCACACUGUGCAACGCAAUGAGGCAGCGCAGCAGCAGGGGAAAAAGGUACGCUAUGCUGAGCAGGAUCAUUACUACAGUCAUGAUAGCUCAAUGAAUUCGUCGCAAGUCUCGGGUGGCAUUGAUGACUAUUUGGACGAGGCGCUUGGCAAUGAAUAUGGCAGCACACAGGACGAAGAGGAUGACAGCGACGAUGAUCAACACAAUGCCAGCCACUUGUCCCUAGGCAGCAAAGGUACCACAGCCUCCAAUAGCUUCUCGUUUCGUCGCAUAUCGGGUGCUGGCUUGAGCAAUGCUUGCCAGGCUAUUGAGGAGCAGCACGAGGCGAUGGAUGUGCAGACACCGCUGCUGAAUGGAGCACAGCCCGUUAAGUCGGAGCUGAGCGUGAAUCAGGACAACGAUAAUUUGGUCACACUGGUGCACACCGUCAGCUUCUACCGCAAACAGCAGUCCGCUAAUAGCUCCAACUCAACGCCCAUGCGGAAGAUCUGCAGGGAGCAGCAGGUGGUGCGCUCAGCGCUCGCUGCCGAUUGUCAUGCCAAGCACAAGUUGGAGUAUGAUUCACCACAGCAUGGCGAGGCAGCUGCCACCGCCAAUGAUUAUGGCAGCGAGGAGGAUGAAGAGCUGCAGAGCGCUCGGGAAUUGAAUGAGGCUGCACAGGCGCAGGAGAAGAUCAAGAAGCUGCUCAGCGAAGUGUGCAAACAGCAGCAGGUCAUUGGCCAAGCGAGUCAGGCGCUCAAUCUGUGCGCUGCCACCGUGGAAUUCUCCGGCUCCACUGAGUCUGUGGAAGGCGAACGCUAUUUGCUGCUAGCAACCCAUCGUCGACAGUCCUGCUUGGAUGAGGUGCAGCGUUUGCGUGUGGAGAACAGCAUACGUUCCGUGGGUGCGCCCAAGGAGAAGGGUUUGCUGACCGUCAAGGAUAUCACAAUACCACUCAGACAGGAAUACGUGCGUAAAAUGGCCACGGGCAACAACAAUGGACAUCAUUUGGUCUGCUUGCUCAAAUACAAUGAGCACGUGCUGGCCACCAAAACGGUGCCAACUAUGCCCGGAUUGCUCUCUGUCAAAUUUCCCGAUGUGCUGCAGUUGAACAAUGUCUACGCUGAUUUCCGGAUUACGCUGGAGAUUUACGGCAUGGUGGCGCAGCGGGAUCAGCUGCCACAUGAGCUCAAGUAUCACAUUAAUGUGAACAAAAAGGGCGGCAAUAAAACACCGAAAAAGAAGGGCGGCGAGAAUCGUUUGGUCAUGCCACCGGUGCAGAGUCCAGCAGGUCCGCAUGUGGUGCGCACACCGCAGCUGGUGCAAUAUGGUUUCGCCAUCUUCUCGCUGCGUGAGAUCCAGCGCACCAGUUGGACACUGACGCAAGUGCUGGGAGUAAGUCCACUCGAUGGCGCCGUCCACAUGAAAGUCAACUGUGAGCUGUCGGUGAGUGUCGAGUACAAGGGAUUCCUGACCAUGUUCGAGGACAUAUCCGGCUUUGGCGCCUGGCAUCGUCGCUGGUGCUAUCUGAAUGGCUCGGCGAUCAACUACUGGAAGUAUCCAGACGAUGAGAAGAAGAAGGCACCCAUGGGCAGCAUCGAUUUAAAUGCAUGCACCUCGCAAAAGGUGAGCCUUGCGCCACGUGACAUUUGUGCGCGUCUCAAUACAAUGCUGCUGGAGUGCGAGCGUCCGGCAUUGGAGUCCGACAAGGAAUCGUUGAUUAUAGUGCCCAACGGACGCACAACGACCAUACGUCAUCUGCUGUCCGCUGACACAAAAGAGGAGCGCGAGGAGUGGUCUGCCUAUCUGAACAAGGCUCUCACGUUGUUGCGCGCCUGGGGAACAACCCAUUGAGCAAGUGGAGAAGGAGACAACAGACGGAGAGAAGCAGCACCUUUUGUGGGCGGGGGGCAUCGCAACGUUUUUAUGUUUUCAGUUUUAUUUUUAGUUUAU